GCGACCCCAGGCCCACCCGCGCCGCCCGGCGGCAGCAGGAGGCGGCGGCCCCCCAGCCGCCGACCCCGCCGCCGCAGUGGCUGCGGGCGCUCGGCUACGGGAGCCACGACGCGGCCGACUUCGACCGGGUCUGGCGGCAGCCGCUCACGGAUGUCAUGGCGCGGUCGUUCUCCACCCCGUCCCUGGCGGGCUCGCGGCUCGGCUCCCUGUCGACGCCAGGCGCGGCGUCCGCGCCGCAGCCCGCGGGCGGCGCCGCGCAGCAGGGCGCCCCGGACGCGCUGGACAGGCUCCUGAGCAUCGAAAUGGUCCGAUCGCAGCCGGGCCAACUCAGAGCCCGCAUCACGGUGCAGCCGCCCACCAAGGUCAGCCAGAACAUGGCGGACGCCAGGUUGAGGGAGCUCACCGACCAGGCGCGGGCCGCGAGCCUCGUGGGCAGCGAGCUGGCCAAGCAGAUGCGCAGGGACCGGUGCCUCCUGCCGCGCUACGGGCUGCAGGUGUCCAUCAAGAAGGCGCGGUCGCAGCCGAGGGUGCGGUCCUCGAAGUCCGGCGUGUCCAGGAUCGGGGGAUGUCCACCCUGGAGUCCACCGCGGGCGCGGGUACCCCCGGCGCGGCCGCCCGGGAGGCGCCUCGCCCCGGCCCCCCGCCGGGCGCUCCGCGGGAGCCCGCGGAGCUGUGACGGGCGCCGCCGCCGGCGCAGCUCGGGCUCUCGGGAGGCGGGACUCUUGGAGCCUGGGCGGACGGGCGCGGGGCCAGGGGGGGGAGUCCUCUCUGAACUUGGCUCGGCGCUUUGGGAUAGGCGGCGCGUGGCCGCGGCCCCUCUCCGGAGCAGGCGGGGCCGUUGCGCUCACCCCGAGGGUGGCACGCGCACGCCCACCUGCUGCUCCCGCCUGCCUCUCCCGCUUCCUCGACCUCCUCGACCUCCUCCUCCUCCUCUUUUCUUCUCCUCCUCCUCCUCCUCCUGCCUUCUCUUCGGCUCAUUCGCUGACCCGCCUCGCCCGUGGCGAGCGCCGGCCCUUGCCAAGAAGAGAACCCCACUCUCCCCCUGACCCGCCUCGCCCGUGGCGAGCGCCGGCCCUUGCCAAGAAGAG